AUGGCUCCAAUAUCUCUGAAAUACGUCGUGUCCUUUACAUCACAGGACAACAGCCAUCCAGUCCAAAACCUCACAAACAACACAGGAUUCAAGAAGUGGUUGUCUAAUCCAAAGGACAAGACUGGUCAGAUUGAGGCAGUCUUCCAACUAGAGCAAAGCUGUAAAAUAUUAUAUAUUGACAUUGGUUUGAUCUGGUGUGCUAUGUUAGAGAUACAAGUUGGUCGGUCAGACUGGCCGGUAGGACAAGAAUACCAAACUCUACUCCACACUGCCAGUAUCAUGACUCCAGGCGACUGUCGGGAUAGCAACAACACUGUCAGGACUAGGAUGUUUGGCACAGAACAUUUCAACGAAGUGGUAGCUAAAGAGAUGUGGGACCGAAUGCGUGUCAUCUGUCGUCAACCAUGGAGGAAGGACAUCCAAUUUGGUGUUUCCUUCAUUAGGGUCAAGACCAACUCAACUGUUACAACUGGUCCGGGCAAACAGGAGAAGGACAAAGAGACUGCUACUCAAAGAACAGCUAAAUCUAUACAGAAACACUUUUUUGGCAAAAAGCCAACUGAUGGUAACCAGGACCAGUUGGUAUCCAGACUGUUGAAGAUUGCUGGGUCAUCGGAGGAUGGAACCGAGAAAACAGAGUCACUCUCACGCACUGCCAAACUGGUGAUUGCGGCGAAAGACACAGCAAUGAAAAGCAUGUGUCCCACUGCACAGAGUGUGUCACCUUCCAACCGACCGACCCUUUACUCGAGCAGUUUAGUAACUAAAUACGGGCCAAAGUUUGAAGAAGUGGUAGAAGAUUUUUUGUCUUCAUAUGAAAUCAACCCUAGUGACCUUGACAAAAUUACUAUAGCAGAUAUACGACACAAAUUUGAGAAAACUAAGAGAAGUAAACUGACACCAGAAGAGAAAAAAACCUUUAUAGAGUUGGCAAGAGAGUACAUUUGUAUGAUGUUUGCUGAGGGCGAUACAACCAAGAACACUCCAACCCCGGAAAAAGCAUCAAAUAAGAGACAAUCUAUGUCGGAACUGAAUUGUGACAAGACUUCGGUUCAUGCCAAAAGAAACAUUUUGGCAGAUACAAAAAGAAAUCUGUCAGAAAAAUCACCUAAAGACAAGAGAGAUUGUACAGAUAGAAAAAGUUUAGAAAAGAGUCCUUGUAAACAAACUUCCUUUAAACCAGGAAAGAACUUGUGUAUAUCAGAACAGAGAAAAAGCGAAGUGAAAAAGGCAGCAUCUGAAUUCAAGAAAACUGGAUUUAGCUCACCAAGGUCUAUAAGAAUGAGUAGAGAUAGCAGUUCUGAGAGAGAAAACUCUGAAGGAGAACAGUUGAAAGUGAAAUUAGCCUCCAGUUAUGGACGAAGUUUUACUCAUCUAUCUCCUAAAAGUCUUAACAAACAGAACAGUUAUAAUGUAUCUUCACCAUCAACAAAUAACACUUGGCUAUCAGCAAAGUCACCUGUACAGACUUCCAGCCCAGGGGCCCAGAGUAAGAAGAGGAGUCUGGGUGAUGCAGGGCCGAAGGCUAAGAUUGCCCGCACAGAAAAAAAUGGUAUCACUCCAGUGAAAGGUCACAAGACUGGCCGAGGACCAGGAAAAGGUAAAAGUGGCAGUGUAACCUCAAGGGAAGUAACUCCUACAUCUUUUGAGCGAUGUCCAUUGUGUAGUGAUUCUUUCCCAGGCCACCAGUUGGUGUCUCACACCCUUGUAUGUAGGGGCCCUGAUUCUCUCCAAGGCAAUUCACCAAGUUACCAAGGAACUUUUCCAGGCAGUGGUCACAUCCUAGGCGAUAGCAGUGAAAGAAUUAGUCCUUUGAGUGGGUUAUAUUCAGAUGAGUACAUUCCGUCAGGCAGAGGUCCUAGCAUGUCCGAGUUCUCUGAACAGUAUGUUGAGUGUCCACUCUGUAAUGAGUUUUUCCGACAGUGUGUUGUGGAGAGACAUGCGGCAACUUGUGGUACAUAA